UUUAUAUUUCGCUACGUGACUACGGUUUCAUAGUUACAGUGGGCAAUGUUCGUACAACAGCAACACGGUCUUGAAAGGGACUUAGGGGAAGAACUACAUCGCGUACGGAGUUUCCAUCAGAUGUUUAGACAUUGCUUAGACUGCGACUUUCUAUUGAAGUAUGAGGAUAGCGUUGUAUCAUAAAAAACAACAAAUAUUUUAGUGGAAAAACAUUGCAGACUUUAUUUUACCAAACAGUGGUCCUAAAAUGAGGACGCGUUUCCUUAGCUGUACACCUUUCAACAGGUUGUCACUGCUCGUUUCGUUGAUUGCGUUUCUGGUGCCUUGUAUUGAAGCAGACUGCAAUUACGUCAUAUCCAAACAGGAUGACGUCACGUUCAACAGCUCGCGGAAAGUGAUACAUCAAACAAAAGGACUUCAGCAAUGUCUGAAAGAAUGCAGUGCACUUUCAACAUGUCUGUCCGUCAACUUCGACAGGUCUACACUUCAGUGUACGAUAAACACCGAGUCUGUAACAUCCACGAAUGGACAUACUGACGUAGCCCCUGGUGUUAUUUAUCUUGAGAGGAACCAGUGGGAACAGACGAUUGCCGGUCCUUGUGAAAAUACCGCAUGCCCAACUCAUUCUAAAUGCAUAGCAUUGAGAAGCGGACAGACAACAUGUGUUGUUUUUGAAUGUCCGGAUCCUACCACAUACUACAAUGCCUAUGUAACAACGUCUGGAGUAUCAACUGACAUUUGGUCAACCAUUCAGUACGCAUGCGCCAAUGGCUACUACUGGGUAGGCGGGAAUGUCACCUGUACACCUGCGGGAAUAUGGCAAGGUGAAGAUCAGAUCGAAGGCUGUCUAGCUCUAGCCUCUGGAUCGGAUUGUAACGACGAUUCCUCUUGUUCCCAUAUCACCUCCGCUGAAUGUAGAUCUGGCAAAUGUGUCUGUCCUACAGGCUACGCAUACCUAUCAGAAACGUCUAUUUGUUCAAAGGAUUGCAAGAGCCUGUUUCUUGCUGGAAACACUACAAAUGGUGUAUACGAAAUAACGCCCGAUGGAACCAAUUCUGUCAACACUUUCUGUGACAUGGACAAUGGUGGAUGGACCCUGUUUGAAAGGCGUUCUAUUGGAGACGUUGACUUUCAAAGAAACUGGGAAGCCUAUCGGUUUUUCUUCGGUUCAGCGGGUGGGGAUUUUUGGAUCGGUUUAGAGUUUCUCCACGACCUUACCGUUGCAGACAGUGACAUAUAUUUUGAUUUUACAAUCAAAACCGAAAACCAACCGUUUUUUGCACGGUAUCACAAUUUCAGCGUUGCCGAUAACAAUACUUUCUUCAAAUUAUCAAUGUCCAGCGAUUUUGAAAUAACGGAUGCCUAUACCAAUAUACGUAAUGGAGGUUUCUACGAUCACAACAGCAUGUAUUUUUCCACUCAGGAUAAAGAUAAUGAUAUUUCAAGUACUGAUUGUGCAAGUUCCCGUGGGGCGUGGUGGUGGAACAAAUGCUAUACUUUUGGACUAUUCCUCAAGAGUUUCAACGACAUGCGUAUGUUUAUGGGGUUCAAUAAUACGUAUGUGUAUUUUAAGGAUACAAUAAUGAAGGUUAAACGCACGAAAUAGGAUAACCCCAUGACUAUAAUGUCUAGUGGUUAAUUUUCACAGAGCUAAUAUUUCACGGUUUUCCCAGACGGACCUACUUCGCGGAUAUUAAAUUUCGCACAACACCGCCUUGUAAACAUUCUGCAGUUUGUAUAAACAUUCGGUGGAUAUUAAUUUUCGCGCUAUUCUCAAUGACCGCAAAUAUACAGUAAUAUUGGUAUUUCAUUAUGUAAAACUGUUAUUUGCUAUGUACGUGUAUUUGAGGAUUUCUUCCGAAAUCAUACCCAUUAAUUGUUCAAAAUGCACAUACACAAGAUAUUAACUGUAAAACACUACUGAACAGACAAUGGUGUAUGCAUGUUUUCUGAACUCAUUGCUAAUGACCGAAUGUCAGACUGGUGUCAUUAGAAGAAGACCCCUGGUAAGCUUCCAUACCAGGAAGGUCUGGUGAAUUAAAAGUAUCAAUUGUAAUAAAACGGAGUAAAGUACCCGGACCGGGACUCAAACUAUGGAUCCUUCGAUCAGCAGCCUACGUAGAGUCACACCCCCAGAUUAUCAUACUGCCGGAGAAUUAGAGACUAGAAAUGAGGGGGUGUGGAAGCAGAAGAUCUGUUUUCGUGUCUUCAAUGUCCCCUAUAUCGAAGACACCCCUGAAGAAAUCCCCUGUGCCCUGAUCGGAAGAUAUUUUUCUAUGCACUCAGGACACACAUAGUGUGUAACAAGAGGUCGAUAUGACGACAAAACAGUGUACAUGGUUUACAAGGAAAUAACGUAAAAAAGAGUGUAUAUACUAAUGUAGUGACAUUAAAUAUUAUCUCACUAUACAUAGAAAUAUAAUAAGUAGAAUACAACAAUCAACUUGAAAUGCAAAGUUUUUUCCUACAUUUUUUAGGGAAUGUCUCAUUCUAGAUAAUAAUAAUAUAAGUUUCAAACGUACCUACCGUUUUAGUUAAGCAUGGCGUUGUAUAGUAAUAAUUUGGAAUAUAUGUUUGUGUCUAAACUCUGUCACUAAAGCAAGAUUACAUUGAAAUGUUAUGUAUAUCGUGGUAACAUUGAUACAUAUGUAGGUAAUGAAGUAUUUUGCUAUGUCACAUUCCCUGUCGUACAUUUUUGAUCAGUCGUAUGUCAUUAAUCACAUGGUAAUGUGAUCCUUAACAAAGACGACAUAUCUGUGAAAUGGAUACAAUUGUGACGUCAUAACGUGCACGCGUUGGAUGGUAUUCAGUAUUUUUAAUCACGCGUAUUUCUCGUUAGUUUACAGCUUUGCAUUGUCAUAAAAUGUAAAUAUUUAAAUAGAAACAUCAAUAAAAACGUCAAAUUGAAAACAAGUCAGCUCUGCUUUUUUG